UCUAUCAGUUUCUGUUUCUUUGACCUCUCUGUUCUCUUCUCAUCUACUCCCCAAUAUUCUGUCAUUUAGGGUUCGUUUCUUCUUCACAUAAAACAAACCUGAAAGAAGAAAAUAAUCAAGAAAUCAAGAAAAAAAAAUGGAUUUUAAAAGAGGAGAUAGAGUAGAGAUAUCUUCAAAAGAAGAGGGUUUUGUUGGAUCAUACUAUUCAGCAACAAUCUUAGCGAAACUAGCACCAACAAAUGAGCUGUGGGUGGAGUAUGAAACGCUAUGUCAAGAAGAAGAUGAGAAAAAGCUGUUGAGAGAAAUUGUUGAUGUGAAGAAUGUGAGACCAUUUCCUCCUGAGGUUAAGUUGUCCGAGUAUUCACUUCUGGAUAAAGUUGAUGCUUAUGAUAAUGAUGGAUGGUGGGUUGGGAGGAUUAGUGCUGUUCUUGAUGAUUCAAUGUAUUAUGUUUAUUUUGAAAGUUGUAGAGAUGAAAUUGCUUACCCUGCGGAUAAAUUAAGGAUUCAUCAGGAGUUUGAUAAGGGGAAAUGGUCUGUUACUAAUCACAAAUGGUCUUGAACCCGGUUGCUGAUGGUUAAGGGGGAUUAAGAAGAGAUGAAGGAAGAUAUGCAAUGGAGAGGAGUAGUUGAAAGAGACUUAUGACAUGAAUGUAGAGGACUAGAGGAGUAUUCUGUUGAAUCUUUUCUCUGGUUCUUUGUUGCUGGAACAGCCAUUACAGGUUUACUUACUUAUUUAAGUACAUUCGUUUUCUCUUAUUCUCUCAUGUUAUUUGUUGAACAGUCGUAAAUUUUCAUCCUAGAGAGCAUAGAUUUCAAAGUGAAGCAAAAUGGAGAGCUUCUGUGAAAAUGUGUCUUUAUUUCCUUGUAGUGUAUUUACUAACCUGAUGGUGCAGUGCGCUGUACCUGCUAAAUUGAAUGAUGUGGGUAUGCAUGAGUAAAUUGGUCGCUGGGUAGUUGAGAUUUUAAGUGGAGUAGAUAGAGAGGCAUAAAGAUCAUGGGGAAUUCGGGAUGACUUCAACCAUAUAGAUAUAGCCUCUUUGAUAUGCCUGUUGCAGUCACACUGUGGUUAAUUUGCUUUAUUUUCUCCAUGAAUUCUGAAAGUGCACCUUGGACUGCCUGGUGAGACCUUGCGCUUGGUCUGGCCAUGCAUGCCUUAUCCCCAAACUGCCUGACUCAUCCUGCCGCUGAGUCUAGGGAGGAGGAGUUUCUCACCGUGCCAUGCCUGGCCCUUUUGUUUUAGCCAGUUUUAAGUUUUGUCAAGUAAUUGAUGUCUCACAUGAUUUACAUGUUCACUAAAUUGCUAUGGGCCUUAGAAAUUGCAUCUUUAGCACUCCCGGAAGAAUUAGAAAAAAAGACUCAAUUUUGAUGAAACAAAGCUAGAGAAAAGAUGAAUUAAUAUAAUUGAGAUUUGAUUGUCAAGUUAUUUACAUUAAUACCACUAUACAGGCGUGCUAUCAUAUUGGCACGGGUAGAGAGACCGAGUGGCGAAAGGCAAUAACAGCACUGACCGGGCUAUCUCCCGUGCCGUCCAUCGUGCCAUAUAAAACAACCCCUAACCAACAGUUUGAAACCUUUCACUCCUAAAUUGCACAACUUACGCGUACCCUAGAGUCCUGUUGCCCCCUCAGGAAUAGAGAGUGGGUGGGCUUGUUCUAGAAAGUUCCAUUACUUUUGGAAACCAAUGUUAACCGUGUCGAGAACCUUCCAGAAAAAGACGACUAAACCGAAACGCAACUACACAUCUUGCUUCCAGAACAUUCCAUCCAAGGCGGUUUCCGGUUCUGGGCUGGGAUUACUACCCUUGGCUUACACUAUAAAUAGAGGCUCCUUGAGCCUCUUGGUUCUUUCUAACCAUAUCUUUCUCUCUUUUAAAGGAAUUUUAAAAUUCUUCAGCGAUCUUUGAAU